AUGAUCGGGUUCGCCGCUGGCGCUGGUUUCCUCCUCUUCGGUUUCGACCAAGGUGUCAUGGGAGGUCUUUUGACCCUUCCCUCGUUCGUUACCACCUUCCCCUCCAUUGACACAACCAAGAACGACAGUGCCAAGACGGGUACGUCGCACGAGUCGACACUCCAGGGUGUUGCCAUUGGUAUCUACGAAAUUGGCUGCUUGAUGGGUGCCCUCUCGUGCCUUUGGCUUGGUGACAGGCUCGGUCGACGUGCUAUUAUUUGGAUCGGCACAGUCUGGAUGAUCGUUGGUGCCAUCAUUCAGUGCUCCUCCUACUCGCUCGCCCAACUCAUCGUCGGUCGAAUUGUCACGGGCGUGGGCAACGGCAUGCACACUGCUACGAUCCCAAUGUGGCAGUCGGAGUGCUCGCCUCCACACAAGCGAGGCAUGCUCGUCAUGGUUGAGGGUCUUCUCAUCACUGGAGGCAUUUGCAUGGCCUACUGGAUCGACUUUGCUUUCUACUGGCUCGACCCAUCCUCGGUGCACCCCGACGACUGGCAGAACCACGUUCAAGAAUACCCUCACUGGACUGGAGCAUGGCGCAUCCCCAUUGCCUUCCAGAUUCUCCUCUGCAUUCCCACCUUUAUCACCAUCUGGAUGCCCGAGUCGCCUCGUUGGCUCGUGCUCAAGGGCCGCGAUGAAGACGCACGCCGCGUUAUGGCUUCGCUCGAUGAGCUUCCAAUCGACGACCCUGAGAUCGACGUGAAGAUUCGCGAGAUCCGCGAAUCGCUCGAGCUUUCCACGGGCGCCGGUGUGAAGGAUCUCUUCAAGCAGGGCAAGGAAAAGAACUUCCACCGCGCCCUCCUCGGUUUCAUCAACCAGAUGUUCCAGCAGAUUUCUGGCAUCAACCUCAUCACCUACUACGCUGCCACAAUCUACGAGCAAAACAUUGGCAUGUCGCCUCUUGUCAGCCGAAUCGUCGCUGCCUGCAACGGCACUGAGUACUUCCUUGCCUCAUUUAUCGCCAUCUGGACGAUUGAGCGCUUCGGCCGCAGAAAGCUGAUGCUCUUCGGUGCCUUUGGAAUGAGCAUGUGCAUGGUCAUUCUGGCCGCUACGACUUCGCCCGCAGCACUCAAGCCUGUGAACAACGAUCCGGCAGGCAAGGCCACGCAACAGGGACCGGCCUAUGCGGCUGCCGUCUUCCUCUUUAUCUUCAACACUUUCUUCGCGAUUGGCUGGCUUGGUAUGACCUGGCUCUACCCUGCCGAGAUUACGCCUCUUUCCAUUCGUGCCGCCUCCAACGGUGUGUCCACGGCGUCCAACUGGAUCUUCAACUUCCUGGUCGUCCUUAUCACACCCAUCGCGUUUGCCACGAUCCACUACCAGACGUACAUCAUCUUUGCUGUCCUCAACGCGGCCAUUUUCGUCACGUCCUACUUCAUCUUCCCCGAGACUGCCGGUCGUUCGCUCGAGGAGAUGUCGGCCAUCUUCGAGCAGGCCAGCAUCUGGAACCCUUACGACGUUGUCAAGAUCGAGAGGAGGACACCGAGGAGGUACGACGAGAAGGGAAGGCCGCUUGCGCUCGACAGCAUGCUCGCCGAGCAGGGCUACGACCACAACGAGCCACAGGAGAAGCAGUCGGCUCCCCUCGAAGAGACCAGGGAUGCGUCCGUCAACAGCUCUCAGUGA